UUACGUGCAACUUGAGUUUCAAGUGGUCAACAUUUCAUAUUUUAUAAUACAAAUCAAAUCAAUGAUGAUGAUUCCUGUUAGCCAUCACCAUUUUCUCUCUCCUCAAUUCCUUAUCUUCUUCCAUUAUUUCAGAUUCACCUUCAAAUUUCAAAUUAAAUUGGAGGUUUGAGCUGUAUUAAUUGAAUUAUUCGAAGUUAUUAUGAGUGUCGUAGCUGCAAAAUGUUCGGCGGCGGCGAUGCUGCUGGCUGUGGUGGUGAGUUUGGUUUUACUGGCGGCGGUACAAGCUCAAGGUCAAGGUGGAAGGAGUGAUGUUAAUGGUGAUGAUGCGGUGCGACAUCAGUUAGACGGUGGUAGUGCGGUGUUGAGGAGUGGCGUUGGGAAUGUAAGUGAUAGGCUGGCGUCAGAGAUGCAACGCCGUGCUAGCUUCUGCAUUGUUGAUGAGAAGGCUGACUGGAACAGAGCUUUUAAUUACUCAAAUUGGGACUUCUUGACUACAUGCGUGACAAAAACUGAAGAUGCUGCAUCCCGCUUGUGCACCGAAGCAGAGAUAAGGGUUUACUUAGGUAGCUUUUUUAAUGGAAUAGGCCUUCAAGCUAACAAGAACUGUAAUUUGACUUCUUGGGUUGCUGGAUGCGAGCCUGGAUGGGCUUGCAGUACUGGUUCUGUUCAACGACUAGACCUGGAGAAUACUGAUCAGGAGAUACCUGCAAGAACUUCUGACUGUAGAAGUUGCUGUGAUGGUUUCUUUUGUCCACAAGGUCUUACCUGCAUGAUGCCUUGCCCUUUGGGUUCAUACUGUCCGCUGGCAACAUUUAAUCGAACAAAUGGUUUAUGUGAACCAUACAAUUAUCAACUUCCCCCUGGACGGAACCAUACUUGUGGUGGAGCGAACAUAUGGGCUGAUGUAGGUAGAAGUUUACAGGUUUUCUGCCCUGCUGGAUCAUACUGUCCCACAACCACUGAAAAAAGGCCAUGUGAUAGCGGGCAUUACUGCAUGACAGGUUCUACAUCAGAAACGCGAUGCUCCAAGUUGAUCUCAUGCAAGGUAAAUGCAUCGGAACAGAACAUCCACACUUAUGGAAUUAUGCUCAUAAUUGCUUUGGUUGCUCUUCUUCUCAUCAUCUACAACUUCUCUGACCAAAUUCUUUCCAUUCGAGAGCGAAGACGUGCCAGAAACAGAGAAAGAGCCGCUAGAAGUGUGCAACAGAAGGAACGUGCAGUAGCAAGGUGGAAAAUUGCAAAAGAUGCUGCCAAGGAGCAUGCAGGCAAGUUACAUGCUUCUCUAUCAAGAAGAUUUUCAAAAGGAAAUCCAGAAAAUUUCCAGAUUUUGCAUGACCUUGACGUCCAAGAAGAAACUUUUCCACUGUCAACUAAUAAUGCAGGUAGUUCAAGUGAUUCACAGCCAUCAUCCAUGGGUUCAGAGGGAUCAAUAAAUCCAGCAAACUUGCAUAUACCUGAAGGUGGAUCUCAUAAUCCUGGUAGACUGGUUCUUGAGGUUGAAGGUAAAAAUUCAAAGGAAAAAGUUCUCAAGGAAAAACACAUCCGUACAGACAGUCAGAUUUUCAAGUAUGCAUAUGCUCAAAUUGAGAAAGAAAAAUCUCAAGAGAGGCAGUAUGAGAAUCUGACUUUUUCUGGAGUGGUCUCAUUGGCUACCGGGGAUGAAAUCAAGAAAAGGCCUUCAAUCGAGAUUGGUUUUAAAGAUCUAACUCUGUCAUUGAAAGGACAAAAAAGAUGUCUUUUAAAGUGUCUUACAGGAAAAAUUAUACCUGGACGUAUAACUGCCGUCAUGGGUCCGUCAGGUGCUGGGAAAACAACAUUUAUGUCUGCUUUAGCAGGAAAAGAAACUGGUUGCACAAAAAGUGGUUUAGUUCUUAUAAACGGCAAGCCUGAGUCAAUUCAUUCCUACAAGAAGAUCAUUGGUUUUGUACCACAAGAUGAUAUCGUACAUGGAAACUUGACAGUGGAGGAGAACCUUCGAUUCAGUGCGUGGUGCAGACUGCCCACUAAGUUAUCCAGAGCAGAUAGAGUUCUAAUUGUCGAAAGAGUUCUAAUGAACUUGGGGCUACAGGAGGUGCGAGAUUCCCUGGUUGGAACUGUGGAGAAACGAGGAAUCUCUGGAGGCCAGAGAAAACGAGUAAAUGUUGGCCUGGAGAUGGUCAUUGAACCUUCCCUUUUGUUUUUGGAUGAACCAACCUCUGGUUUGGAUAGUUCAUCAUCACGAUUGCUCCUAAAAGCACUAAAACAUGAAGCUCUAGCAGGAGUUAACAUUUGCAUGGUAGUUCAUCAACCCAGCUAUGCACUGUUCAAGAUGUUUGAUGAUUUGAUACUUCUUGCAAAAGGUGGUCUCAUGGUUUACCAUGGAUCAGUAAGAAAAGUAGAGGAGUACUUUGGAGGGCUUGGAAUUAAUGUUCCAGAACGAGUGAACCCUCCGGACUACUAUAUAGAUAUUCUGGAGGGAAUGGUGGAGCCAAGCCAAAGUUCCAGGAUCAACUAUAAAGACCUUCCUCUAAGAUGGUUGCUUCAAAAUGGGUAUUCGGUACCGGAGGAUAUGCAAUCCAGAGCUGCUGAACUGGGAAACCAUCAGGGAAGCGGAAUUGAAUCUAGUGGUUCUGGUGGUGAGAUCCAAUCUUUUACCUCAGAAAUUUGGCAGGACGUAAGGUGCAAUGUUGAGCAGCGACGUGACCAUAUUCACCACUAUUUCUUCAAGCAAAAGGACUUGGCUAAUCGGAGAACCCCUGGUGUAAUCCGUCAAUACAAGUACUUCCUUGGCAGAAUAACCAAGCAGCGAUUGAGAGAAGCCAAGUUACAGGCAACCGAUUAUCUUAUACUAUUACUCGCCGGUGCAUGCCUAGGUGUUAUUACCAAAAUCAGUGACACAGACUUUGGGGCAACUGGAUAUACAUAUACUAUCAUUGCUAUAUCUCUCUUAUGUCAAAUUGCUGCACUAAGAACCUUUUCUAUGGACAAGUUACAGUACUUGAGAGAGAGUGCUUCUGGUAUCAGCAGCCUAGCACAUUUCCUUGCAAAGGAUACUGUGGACCAUUUUAACACAGUGAUCAAGCCUGUUGUGUUUCUAUCUAUGUUUUACUUCUUCACGAAUCCAAGGUCUACCUUCCUCGACAAUUAUAUUGUUCUGAUCUGUCUCGUCUAUUGUGUGACGGGAAUGGGUUAUGCUUUUGCCAUAUUCCUGAACCCUGGUCCUGCCCAACUGUUUUCAGUGUUAUUCCCUGUUUGCUUAACCCUAAUUGCCAGUCAGUCACUGAGAAAUGAGGGAUUAAAAGGCAUAGCUAAUAUAUGCUACCCUAAGUGGGCUAUGGAAGCACUAGUGAUUGCAAACGCGAGGAGGUAUUACGGAGUAUGGCUAAUAAAUCGCUGUGGUGUUCUUCAAAGACUGGGAUAUAAUCUUCAUGCUUGGAGAGAUUGCAUAUUAAUCCUCAUUUUAUAUGGUUUUGUGAGCCGAGUGAUAGCUUUUAUCAGUCUGCUGAGCAUUCGAAAGAAGUGAUCCUGUUUCUUUCGACAGGUCUAGUUUCACUCUCAACAUGAUUAUUGCGAGUCUAAUAUUAGCCAUAUUGAAACCCAUCCUCAGUAUACAACUGGGUUCUGCACAGCAUGUUGAUUAGAGACUUGGAGUCGAAGUGGAGCUGAUCUAGGCUCUCCGCCUUUCGGUGACUUGUGUAUCAUAUGAUUUUUUUGUACAUAAUUGUGUUGCUUAGUCUGUACAUAGAAAUCAAAGGCACUCCUUGCCAACUAGUAAAAGGAGCCAGAAAAGCAGUGAUUCAAUUGAUAUAUACGAAGUACAUUCUUAGACAUUCCUGAUUUUUGUAUUAGCUAAAUUAGCAGAUAUCCGUUGUAAUUGACUAAUAGAGAGGUAUACCGUAUACACCCUUUAUCCGGAUGUAAUGGUCACAUCAUUAGUUCAGGACUUAUUCUUAACGUGAUUUGAUUCUGGACGAACGAAAUAUUUGUUAUGUAAAUUUAUUAGCUAAAAUAAACUUUUGUACGGAGUAUA